CAUAUCUUUCUCACCAAACAGCUAUAGUCAACCUGUUUGCUUUUAUCACAUCUGAAAAUAUUUUACCUAAAGGUUUACUCAUUUAUGCCUUUGGCUGUUUAUUGCCCCAAGUCAUUCAUUGGCCAGAUUUAUUCAAAACAUUCAUGUUUGAUAUUACUGCUAUUCAUGUUUUAUAUCACUGCCAUUGUACAAAGUACAGAUUCCUAGGCGAGACGUCAAAAACCUGUCAGUACUUGAGAACUGCUGGUAAAAGGUAGUUGAAGGGGCAUUUGAAGUGAAUGUGGUUUUGUUGAUUCAAUAUGAAAAACCCAUCUGAACGCACAUUGGUUGUCAUCGGCAACCCUGGAGCUAUAUCAUGGGCUGCCCUGGAAGGAGGCGAAGAGAAGCCCCUGGGGACCACCAGACUCUGGGUUACUACAGGCACCAUCUCAGGACGCCCCCUCUCUGUGGUAAACAUGCCUGGUGCAGUAACCACCACCCAGAGCCAGGGGGCGCUACAGGUGAGUGUGGCGUGGCAUAGUCUGCUGUGCUUGUGUCUGCCUUGUGUCUGCCUUGACACACGUCCCAAGGAUCCCAGAUAGCAAGGACCCAUGUUUUUGUGUCUGCUGUUUGUCUGUUUUGGAUUUCUCUGUUGUUGUUUCUUGUUCUUAUUUAUGUUUUUCUCUGUAGAGUGUGUUGAGACUGGGUGAAUCUCAAUUGUACAUCCUUGAUUCCACCUGUCACAUCCCCUUGCCUCAUUCUGAAAAUACAUUGGAGGAACACCAGAUCUUCUGCUCCAAUCUGCUUUGAGAAGGAGACAAGGAGGGAGGACGUGAGGACUGGGCUAUGGAGUGUCUGUCCUUGUCUGAGUGUUCCAAGGGGAUCCACUCUUUCCUCCUGGUGGCGCCGUUGGGUCGUCUCACAGAGCAGGAGAGAAGAGGGGCUCAAUGCAUCCGAAGGAUGUUCGGAGAGAAGGCCCAUGGCUUCACUCAGGUCCUCUUUACCUACGAGCUGGAGCAGAAGGAUAGUCUUGAGGAUCUACUGAAGGAGAGAGAGGCCCAGAGGCUGGUUGAGGAGUGCGGGGGACGUUUUCACGUCUGCCCAAAGAGCAUUGGUGAAGAGUUGGAAGUCACAGGGUUACUGGGAAAGGUCGACUCCAUUUUGGAUCAGGGCACAGACCGCUGCUACACCGUGGAGAUGCACCAAGAAGCUCAACCGCUAUUGGUGGAGUUUAGGGAGCAGCUUAAGGGCCUAUUGGAUGGCUUUAUCAGACUUAAGGAAAGGAUCAAUGAAAGGGAGAGAAUGCAAGUUAAUGUGGAUAAUUUGGAACACAGGAUCUUCAGAGAGAAGCUAGCGAGGCUUCAAGAUGAGCUCUUGUUGAAGCAGAUGGAAAAAGAAAGAGACAGUGGCAUGGAGGUCGAGGCGCUGAGCUUUAUAUAUGAGUUGGACAGGUUAGUUGACAAGCUUGCCCUAAAAAGAGUGAGAGCAGUCGAGGAGGACCAUAAGAGCAGAGAGGACGUGCAGAGAUUUAGGGAGGAGUUGGGGAGGAUGGUGGAUGAAAUGGUUACCAAUCAGAAACACAAGCAUAGACAGAUGUGUCGGGAGAAGGGAGAAGAAGAGUGGGAGCAUCAGAACUUCAGGGAACAGCUAGAAAGACUGAAAAACAACAUGAAAAAGACAGAGAAGAGAGGGAACAGGAAAGAGAAAGGAGGAGUUUGUGAAGGGGACAGGUAAGAGAAGGGAGGGAAGGAGUUUGUGAAGGGGGCAGGAAAGGGGGAUGAAGGAGAGAGAGAUUCCAGAGGGAAGCACGGAGGGAGGGUUUGACAUGGGUCAACAGUUUAAAGGAAUGAUGCAGGAGUUGG